AUGACAGGAAAACCAAAGGGCAAAGUCCAUUUGCUGGACUAUGUGGCGGGCAACAUCCGAUCACUCGUCAAUGCCAUCGAGAAGUGCGGAUGGGAAGUUGAGUGGGUCCGAAGUCCGGAAGAUGUGAAGAAGGCCGACAGGAUUAUCUUGCCAGGCGUCGGUCAUUUUGGCCACUGCCUCACAUCGCUGUCCAACGCUGGAUACCUUCCUGUCAUUCGCGAACAUAUUGAAGCCGGCAAGCCUUUCUUCGGUAUAUGUGUUGGUCAGCAGGCGCUGUUCUCGUCGUCAGUCGAAGCGCCGAAUGUAGCUGGGUUGGGACUGAUCCCAACUUCACUCAAGCGCUUCGACCCAGCAGCUGCCGAAGAUGGAACCAAGAAGUCAGUUCCUUGUAUUGGGUGGAACUCAGCCAGCACGCUGCAUCACCAGGCUCAGGAGAAUGGCACUCGGCAAAGCUUCUACGGUCUAAGCGAAUCAAGCAAGUACUAUUAUGUGCAUUCAUACUUCGCACCAUACACGCCCGGAGAGCUUGAAAGGGACGGCUGGACUGUUGCAACAGCUAGAUACGGCAGCGAGACGUAUGUGGGAGCUAUUGGUCGCGGUAACGUUUUUGCUACGCAAUUCCACCCAGAGAAAUCAGGCGCAGCCGGCCUAAGAGUCAUCAAAGCGUUCCUCGAAGGAAGACAGCUUUCGGAGCCUCUGCAGAGCUCGGUAAACUCAAAAUUGGCUGAUGUUACGGACGCUAGAGGUGGCAUGAACGGUCUCACGCGCCGGAUUAUCGCUUGCUUGGACGUCCGUACUAACGACGCCGGUGAUCUAGUAGUCACUAAAGGCGAUCAAUAUGACGUACGUGAGAAGGACGACACCCGUGGUGUUCGGAACCUAGGGAAGCCAGUGGAGCUAGCGAAGCGAUAUUAUCAACAGGGAGCGGAUGAGGUGACGUUUCUCAACAUUACGAGCUUCCGAGAUGUGCCUAUUCGAGAUCUACCUAUGCUGGAGAUUCUACGGCGGACCAGCGAAGAGGUCUUUGUGCCCCUGACCAUUGGUGGUGGCAUCCGCGAUAUGGUCGAUCCUGGCACCUCCCAGACUGUGAAGGCACUGGAUGUUGCAAAGAUGUACUUCGAAAGCGGAGCGGAUAAGGUCAGUAUCGGUAGUGACGCCGUACUCGCUGCAGAAGAGUUCUGGAAGAGAGGUGGCAAGGGCGACGGCACAAGCGGGAUUGAAACCAUUAGCGCUGCCUACGGAAGGCAGGCAGUGGUUGUGAGCGUCGACCCUAAGAAGGUGUACAUCAAGAACGGUGAAGAAGCGCAGACACAUCACUUCGUCAAGUCCUCGGAAACAGAUGUCGAGGGAAGGUCAUUAUGCUGGUAUGCCUGUACGAUCAAAGGUGGCAGAGAAACCCGAGAUCUUGACGUGGUACAACUGGUCAAGGCUGUCGAGGCAAUGGGCGCCGGCGAGAUCCUAUUGAACGCUAUUGACCGCGAUGGCAGCAAUCGAGGCUAUGAUCUUGACCUGAUCCGGAUGGUAAAGGCUGCCGUGGGGAUUCCGGUGAUUGCAAGCAGCGGUGCAGGUGUACCACAGCACUUCGAGGAGGUGUUCAGAGAGACCGCGGUUGAUGCUGCCCUAGGGGCUGGCAUGUUCCACAGAGGAGAGUAUCUCGUCUCGCAAGUGAAAGACCAUCUCGGCGAACAAGGCUUGCUGGUAAGACCGUACGAGGAGCUGGCGCCGUAA